AUGACCAUGAUCAUGAAUGCCUUUAGCUACUUUCUGAUGAUCACACUUUUGGUUAUACUGAUCGUACCACCAUCAUUUUUUAUCGAUGCUGAAACCAAAGAGUAUCCAUCAUUUGUCAGAGGACCAAAUUCCUGGAGAAUCACUCCCUCAUCUGACUUUAGUUUCCGAGAGACAGACAUUAGGGUGAUGCCGGUCCUUGUUAAUGGGAUAUUUGUGUGUGGUUUCCACUGCAGCUAUCAUGGUAACACUUGCCAAUUCGCUAUCUCCAUCUUCAAUACCAGUUUUAAUGAUGAUUAUAGAUCUCCUCAAUCUAGCUUUCCUCCCCAAGUGGUAUGGUCAGCUAAUCGGAACAAACCAGUUGAUGUUCAGGCACUGUUGGAGCUCACUUUUGAAGGCAAAUUUAUGUUGAAAGAUGCUAACGAUACUUCGGUUUGGUCCCAAGGCACAGUAGGCAAGUUGGUUUCAAGGUUAAACUUGACUGCAGAGGGAAACCUCAUGCUGCUUAACAAAGCCAACCACAUUGUUUGGCAGUCAUUUGACCACCCAACCGACACUUUAGUUCGUGGUCAAAGGCUAGUGCCAGGGCAGAAAUUGAAGGCCAGCGUAUCCCCAAACGACCCAAGUGAAGGUUUGUAUGCAUUUGCUAUCAGUCGUGGUGUAUUCACUGCUUAUAUGGAUUUAAAUCCUCCCCAAAUCUAUUACACAAGUUCUGUGGAAGAUAAUAACUCAGACAAUCCUUAUGUUGAAUUCAGAAAUAAAUGGUUUGGGUUCUCUAUGUGGGAGAUUGGGGUAGUUUUAUACGGUUGGGAAGUGAUGGGAACUUAA